AUGACACCUUCAAUAUUCUCCUCUGACUCUCAUCUCCUCAACUCUCGACAUCUCGCUCCUCCACCCCCUGUACAGAAAACAUCAGGAUUGAAAAAUUCUUUACGACGUAUCCCUUCCGCUCUCUUCUCCAGAAGUCCUCCGAAGAAACAACAGAAAUCAAAGUUGGGUAUAUACCAGGACCCCGAUACCGCUUCGACCGGAAGAUCUUCCAAGUUACAAUUAACCAAGACCUCUGCUCCGAGAUUAGGAACGACUGUGCUUUCAACCGAUACCGACUUUCCAACGCGCGACAACGACAUCCCGCUCUCGACUUCCAAUACUUCUAAGGGAGGUAUAUUCUCCACCAACCACAUUCCUAAAGGUACGGCUACUUCCGUCGUCAACAGCACCCAAGUUUCAAAAAUUGUUGGAAUGGAAGUACCGGAGAAAACCAAGACCAGGACGAAAACCCGAAAAGCUCUGGCGGACAUUCUCGGGUGGGGUAAUCAUUCUAAUAUCCAACCGUCGCUCCCACAACGACAGGCGUCUGAGAAGAAACCUUCAAAACUUAUCGCCAAGGCUUCACUCCAAAAACUCCCUCGAGCAACCCUCGGAAACCAAUCCUCCAUCCAGCCUGUGACGAAAUCCAUCAUCACGGAACACCCAUUUCCUGAAAUCUCCCACCGUACCGCUUCAGUUGGGAAGAUUGUCGAUUCAUCUCCUCCUCCACCACCCGUCCCUCCCAAAACUAUGCCGCUCGUACUCAAAAAACCGGCUAGUUCCUCAAUCCGAAUCUCUUCACAACCCUCUCAGCCUAUCGCGGUUGCUCAGAAGCAAUCGUCGCUUAGGACGGAGGAAAGGACCGGGCGACCGAGUAUUGGCGAUGAUCCGUUUGGAAGGACAUCUUCAGGGGCAGAGGUGAUCGACAAGAUGCCAAAUAGGGAAAUCACGACACCGUCAGUGAAGAGUAUCACAACCGAAAGAAGGGCUAGUAUUUCGUCCAACAAGGCGAUGUCGGCGCGUACAAAUCUGAGUGAUGAUGUUAGUUUACAAGAUAUGAAGAGAGCUAUUCGAAAUACUUUACCCGUCACUGCCGAAGUAUCGGAAAGCGCCCAAUCUUCUCCUCAGAAAGAACGACACGUCUCUGCUCCAUUACCCAGCAAAGCUACCCUCAUCCAAUUACCUAUACGAACUAGCUCGCUCGGACGGGUCAUCCCAAUGGCUCGACCAAUCACGCCACAAGAGACUGCCUUUCCCACUUCAACAGCCGCCACGCUUGCUUCCAUGCCGACCAUCACGUCGAUUCACGUGGAAUUGCCUCAUUCCACCGAGAAGAUCGAUGAGACCACAGUUGGCGAAGUACCGGCACCAAUGGCAUUGAAAACACAGCCAAAAGUAUUGAAAAAAGAGAAGACCAAAUCCAAAAUUUGGGGGUUGUUAGGAGGAAGGAACAAAAAGUCAUCAAAAGAACCAGAGAAAACAAUGCCUGCUCCAGUGGAGCAUAUUGCUUCUCACUCAACAAGCAGUAAAGCUGCAUUCUCGAAUCUUUCUUUCAACUCUCAGUCACAAUCUUCCAACCGACGUCCUCCUCCGCCGGCGCUACACGUCACUCAUCCGUCUCAAGAUAUCAAACCCUCGCUCCCUACAUCCUCCACUGUACGCACGACGAACACCAUGACAUCCGUCAACUCGGUGGAGUCGAACCAAACUAUCACGCUCAAAGCGGAUACAAACAGUUUCGCCUCUCAGCUAGAUGCCGCUUUCGGAGAUUCACCUUUGACUUCCAACUUUCCUCAGGAUAUCUGGAAAUCUGUUGGUCCCACUUCCUCCUUGACAGCCAGAGCAAAGACCCCAACCUCUGACAUGGGGACUUUCUCCACUGCCGAACCCAAACAUGCUGGAUCGACAGGUCAACGUAAUAUCGAAGCUCUCCUCGCACCUAGAGGAAUGCCAAAGAGGAAGUCACUCUCUGGCUUGUUUGGCUCAGCGGUGAAGUCUCUCGGAAGAAAGGUUGUAUCUCCUCCUGUCAGUCCUCUGCAGAUGAAGUUGGCCAAAGAGAAGAGAUUACCUUCACCUCCUAUCAGUCCCUCACAAAGAGAUGGGGAAAGGCAGGUCGGUCAGGAACAAAUGAGAUUGAAGACACUUGCGGAGGAGCUGGAUGCCGCUUCGCCGGAAGUAUUGAGAGAUUCUGGGGGGUACAAAAGUCGGUUUGGACAUUUUCACGGAUUUCAUUUGGACGUUUCUGAUGGGAAUCUUUCCAGCGCAGCAGCAGCCACAGACCAGCUUCUUUCUUUCGUCUCGGCUUUCGAAGCUUCUCCCAUGUCUAACGCAUCCGAAAAUGGGAGUCGGAAACCAUCUUUAGUCCAGAUGACCUCCUUCUCCUCCCUACGAGCGGAUGCGAAUGGAAGUCCAACGCCGUUAAGAAAGAUCAAGAGUGCUAUGUUGACGGAGAAGAGUAGUUCGAGUAGUCCAUUGAGACAACAUGGAAAUGUUUCACCUUUGAAAUUAGCUUUGCACCAUGUUCAAGCUGCCAAGGCGAAGAGUGGGGUAUUCUCACCUUCGGACGAAACUUUAUCGAUCAAUCCGUUCUCUAAAACCAUCGUGGGGAAAAAGUCUACCUCGACGUUAAAGAACUCAACUUCUUUCAUUUCUCUUAAAUCGAAGACAAACUCCACUCCAUUCGCUGUGAUCAACACGAACGUCCAAAAAACUGAAGUCACAUCGACCAGUUUAGUGAAAAAAGGAAUGAAAAACAUUUUCGCUCCUCCUUCUCCGGCUCCUGUUUCGUACACACCUUCCCCACUUCGGAAAAGGGCGGACGCCGAGGUGGUUGGUAUGCCAGGAAUUUACGUCGCUUCUCGAGUUUCUUUCGGUUCUUCAACUGCUAGAGUAGUAGAAAGAGGUAGAACCGUCACUCCUGAAACCAUCCGAGCAAGGAAAUUAGCUCAAGAUCAAAGAUCAUCAAGAUUCCAAGAUGCCGCUGAUGUUCCUUCGGAUUUACAAGCCAUGUUUAACAAUCUCGAAGGGUCCGAUACUCCUUCUCCACUUGCCAAAAAAUCGAUCGCUUCGAGUACAAACCUUGAGGAAAAGCAAGAUCGUAUUAUGGAUUUAGGGUUACCUAUACCUCCUCCAAUUGAUAGAAGGGUAUCUCGUCGUCCACCUCAAUACAGAUCACCACCUCUCGCUCCACUUCCACCUCUGCCUACCAGUUUUAUCAACUCUUCGACCGAUCCACAGAAAGCUGUUCCCAAAAUGGUCGUCACUCAACUUUUACCAACCCCUACAUCUGUUCGAACGAAGAGAGAACACGGGUCGGUCCUCACGCCUCUUGCACUGAACACUGGUGCGAGUCCGAAUUGUGGUGAGAAAGAUAAUAGAAUGUCUUUCGAUUUUACAGGGGAAUAUAAUUCUCUUGAACAAGGAGAACAACGAGCUUCUUUCGUUGAUGCUUUGAGAAGAGUAGGAAGUGCGGAUUUACUUCUUCCCAUGACUAUACCUCAAUCUUCUCCCAUGGCCAGUGUGGAUCAACAUGGUUCCGAAACCUCCGCAUCGAAUUGUCUUCACACCGAAACGCAGACUCAGACCGAAAGUCAAGGUCACUCUGCUCAUUCCCACGGAACGGAGAAUUCCGUGUCGUUGUAUCUCAACAUGAACAGAAGUAUAGAAGACGAAGAUAUCUUCGCAGAUGCACGUAGUGAUAGUGGAAGUUCAGAUGGACAAUAUGGGACAGUGAGGGAUAGAAAACAACCUUUCCGUGGACAAUUAGCAUUCCAACAACAUGCUUCCAAUAUGAGGGUUUCACCUGUUUCAUCCCCUUCAUCCCCUCAUCCCUCUACAACUCACACCGAUCUUUCUUUACCUACUCAACAAACAUUUGGUGAACAAAGUCAAAUUGGAAGAGGACAUCACAAUCGAGGUGAAAGUGUAUGUAGUAUUCUCACAAUGUCUUCAAUCGGAGCCGUCAUCGAUUCAGGUAUAGCAGGUGAAUAUACGAAUUACUUUGAUAAAGAAUUUGCUCAAGCUCUUCAAAAUCAUCAAAAGCGUCUUUCUGUAACUUCGGUAGAUUCCACAAUGUCAACAGAGUCAAUUCCUAUGCGACAUCAAGGGACACGACAUCGUCGUGGUCCUUCCACCACAUCUAUCGAUUCUGUAUCAGCUAGAAGACCACCAGGAAGAAGAGGUCAUCAUAGAAGACAAUCUUCAAUAUCUUCUAUCGAUUCUUUAGGUGAUGUGGAGAUGUAUACAACCGCAUCUUUAGGUCCUCCAGUCAGUAUGCAUAAUCCAAAGAGGGGGUCAUAUAUCUCUAAACAUCGAAGAUCUGGUUCGACAGCUUCUGGUGAAUCUUUUGAUCUCAAUUGGACACAAAACCUUUCUGGUUCUUCCGGUCCUGGAACGGGUAUCUCUAUCAACGGAGGUGUUGGGGUCGGAGCAGUAAGAGGACGGACUGAUUGGGCUGCUAGACAUCGUAAAACUUCUUCUGUGGAAAGUACCAACUCUAUAAUUUCCGUUCAUCGACUUGUCAGACCUGGAUUAGGUGAAAGAAUGUUUCAUUUAGAUGGAGGUGUACAAUUAACUUCUAUAACUGGAUCUCCUCCCGAAGCUUCUCAUGGUAUAUCUGGAACUUAUCCGGAAUCUCCUUCUCCACACAAGAACCCACACGAUGAACGUCGUCAUGGUUUGAAAAAUGUAUCUCGCCAUAUAUCUCAUCAAUUUUCAUCUCAGACCCAGGAGAAUCAUCACGGAACAACAACUCAACACUCCAAGAAUGUCGGAAGAAUUGAAGAAACACAAGUGGACGAUUGGGAUGAUUCUUUGUUCCAACCUAGAUCGCCGGAUUCUAUUUUGAUUCAUACUCGACGAUCACCCGAUUCGAUCCUUCGUCCAGUCCAACCUAACAGAAAAGCAGUCAACAUGGUACCGAAACACCGAGGUGGUUCGGGUGAUUCUGUGUUUGGACGUGGUCCCAUCGACAUAGCUUCUGUUACGCAGGACGACACCAGAGGAGGGAUGAGAAAUGCUGGUUUGCAUAUCCACGGAAGACCGAUUUCCGAUAUCAGUAUGAGUUCAACGGAUGAAGAUGUACAGGAUGAUACUUUUAUCAAUGUUAAUAGGUAUAGAAGGAAUGUUGGGGAAGAAGAAUGUUUGGAAGGUGAAGGAGAGGAUUCUACUUUGAUGACUCCUAUUCACGACACCCACCUCACAGGUCGGCAACUUCUCAUGUCAUCUCUAUCCCGACCUCAACCUCCUCGAUCCAGAAGUGGAGCAACUCGUCGUCGUCCACUCCCACCUCCACUCAAUACAAGCGGGUUUGAUCUAUCCAGUUUAGACACUCCUGGUUUGACAUCACCAUCAGCAUCUGAAACUUCAGGAAGAGCAUCUCUUGAAACUUCCACAUCUGAUCAUUUCUCUUUUCAUCGUAUUCGUCCCAAAGGUGCAGGCCAUAAUCGUCAAAAAUCAUCUGCUGGUAUUUUCCCUCAACCUACCAUUCGAGAAGAACCUUCCAACAUGACAUUACGACCUUCCACAAAUUCUCAACCGAUUCGGAAAAUCUCCCGUAAUAAUCUUCGUACUUCCCCAUUACCCACCCGAAGGAUUUCAAGCCAAAACCUUCAAUCUGAUUCUUCUCUUUCCACUCAUCUUCCUCGUCAAUCAUCACGAAACACUCUCAGAGGUAAAGAAGAAGUCAAAGUUAGAGAAUGGGAUUCUUCCGAUAAAGGUUCAGAAAUGGAUUUGAAUAUAGAUGAAGAGAUGGACACAGUUAGUGGUUGGUUAAAACUUCAACGUGAAGUAAAUGAAGAAUUACGUAGGAACCAAAACGAAUGGGAAGAUUCAGAAGAAACGAAACUUGCUUUGGCGGAUUUUUCAGUUCCACAAACAUUUGAAGAUAUUUCUGAAUUUCUAAAAAAAUCAAAUUCGGUUUAUAAACCUUUACCAAUCGAACGUCCAUUAGCACAUCGAAGGAAAUCUUCUUUAUCAAAUUCAAGAACAUUAGUUUCUCCAUAUGGUUUAACAGGAAUGAAUUACAGAUUCUCUUCAACUUUAUCUCCUUUUAAACCUAUUUCAACGAAUCAAACUUUCGAAGAAUCGAAUGAACAAACUUUCAAAACUUUUGAAUCUAACGUUAAUUUGGGAUUACCAAAACCUCCUGUUGAUAGACCUGAAAGAAAGAAAGGUUCAUUAAUUACGAAAUUUGAAAGAACUCAUUCUGCUACUUCUGCAACUUUCCAAUUAUCAGAAGAUACUAUAAACAGUCGUGGACCUGGAGGAUCAGCUGGACCGAUAUUAGGAACUAUAGGAUGGAAUCAACAAAUACCAAAAACCGCUCCUGCCACUCAAUCAGUUUUCGCUCAAUUCACUAGAGCUUUACCACCUUCUCCACCUCCUAAAGUCAUAUUAACACCUACGAGUCCAUUCAAUUUCCAACUUCCUUCUUUUGACGCUUUUGGUCUACAAGCGGAUCUUGACAAUCUCACAAACAAGAAAGAAGGUCAAGGUGGAGGGAGGAAACGUGGUGUUAGUCAAGGUCAAGGUGAAGGUGAAAUGGAAGAGAAAAGAAAUAGAGUUACUUCUAAUGCUAGACGACAAGCAUUAGGUUGGGGUAGAAGAAGGAAUAGUGAUGGACCUGAUAAAAUUGUCGCUGUUUCUCAAGGUGUAGUUAGAAGUUUAGUCAAAGAGAAAGAAGAUCAAAUUGCCGCUUUGAACGUUUCUUCGAAUCAUGUUCAAUCUUUGGUCAACUUGACUUCUCCUGGUGAUAAAAUGUUUGAAAAGGAGAAGAUUUGGAAUCACACUCAUGUUAAAGGUGAUAUUGAGAAACAUGUGGAAGAAAAAGGGAUAAAAUCGACAAAGAUGAAAUAUAUGACGGGAAAAGACAAAGAGAAUGAAAUCUUUGGAAAGAAAGGAGGAGAGGGGGGAAAGAAAAUGAGGAAAGUAAAGAGUAUGAAUAGAUCGAAAACUCAUGCUCUUCGUGUGUAA